AUGGAUGUGGCCUCGCGCUUAUAUCCUCGCGCGCGGACGCAAUCUUAUCUCGACCAAGAGCGCAACAACAACCUUGGCAUGACGGAAGAUUCGGGCACGGAAUGUGAGAUGCACUACAACAUGGAUCCCAAACGUACACAACCAGUCACUGAUCAAGUCGCAGCUUCUGAGUCGUUGAUCCGUCGCAAAUUUCAGCGUACGACCAGUGAUGAGAAUACGAAUGACGAGGCUUUUCGAAAGCCCUCGCUUCCUGCGUCUGCCACGAGACCUUCAGCAGAGCAGCGGCCUGUCCUCGGUCACCAUAGAAGACGAAGUACACUGAGAGAGAAUGCGCGGGUACCUAGCGGUCCAAGAGAGUUUCCCAGUCCUGGCAAGAGGUAAAGAUUCAGGCCCGUGCCUCUGAGACACCAGAGGGUGCUGGGCGUCUUACCGGCUAACACAUAUCUCGCUAGGACCGCCAGCGGCAGCAACGGCUUGCGCGCACCUUCCAUGGCCGAACCCGUCAAUACUUCGCGCUCAUUCCUACCCAAUAGCACUUCCGAGCCAUUUUUCAGCAAGACUGGGGAAGCCACACACUUCAGCUUCGCGAACCCUCCUCCGACAGGCGGGUUCGAAUCUCCCACCACACCUGCCGAGCCUGGCAAGGACUUCGAUUUCAUCCCGAGCGUGAGCUUUGACGAUCUGCAGAAUUCUAUUGCUAACUACGACGGUAAUGGCCCGCUUUUGGGCAACUUUACCUCGAUCGAAGGUGGGCGACAGGGUCUGAACGAGACGGGUAGAAGAGGCAUUGGAUACUCAAGUUCAAGGCCGCCUGUGCCAAGGCUGGAGGCCCGAGAUGAUGCUGCCGUCAGCAGGAGUCAGAGUUUUCGGAGAAGAUUGAGCGCUGUGGCCGGAGGGAAGCAGAACAACAGCAACACACUACCCGAAGAAUGUGGUGUGGCGCCUCCGCAAGCCAAUAAUCGCUCUCUGCGCUCCAGGAGACAGAGCACGGCUCCUCAAGGUCCACCGCCAUCCGGCCCAGCGCCAAAUCCUGCUGGUGCGGGCUCGCGACAGCCUCGUAAGUCUGUGGGACCUGGUAUCAUAGCCUCUAUGAUGGAGGGAAGGAAGGCCAGUCAGCCACUCUCAAGCGCCGUGGCUGAGUCUGCACUGAAAGGGCACACCCGCACCAACAGCCUCUCAAAAGCUUCGCGACGUACUACCAUGCAGCCAACUUCAGCAGGAGUCGAGCUGCCCCGAAAUGCCACUUUCACAGCAACAACACAAUCCCGCGCGAACAAAGUAAAGAGCUUGCAACCACCGCCGCACGAGCCAGAUCCAAACACUCCGAACGCACGCUCGACAUCCAAAAACAGCCCGAACCGCGCUCAUACACCUUCUUCGUCCGGAGCCAAGCGUCAAUCUAACAUGUCUGGGCGCGCUUCAGGACUGGGAGCCCGAACUAUCAGCCCGACUGAUGCGCGCCGACUCAAGAGGCUGUCCAUGAUGCAGGCGCCUCCGAUGCCAGCGGCUCCUCCUAAGUCCGAUGCUCCAGACGCACAAGAGGAAAUGCCACAACUGAAGCUGGACUUACCGCGCUUCACCCAGCCCAGCCCAAGUCUCAUUCCUCGUAAAACUGCUACGCCUACCUCUGCUCGUGCGUCGCCCGAAGCACUUCCAACAUACAACAAUGGAGGUGGCGUUAGCUUGAACGCGAAAUCAAGCUAUCAGUCGUUGCUCAACUCGUCCGCAUCAACCUCUCGUCUCCCGACCCCCAAACCGAGAAAUGUGCACUCCAGCUCGGCGCAGUAUGGCGAAGAUGAAGAAAUGGUGCCACCUGUUCCAGCUAUACCAAAGGCUUUUGAAAGUCCACGCGAUGAAAUGCCUUCAUUUACUGCUGCCCGCAAAUCAUCGCAGUCUGGGUUUGCACCUCACGCCGAUUUCACUAUGGACUGCGACCUCGACCCAAAUUUCCAUCAUCUACAACACACAGCCUCUGAGUCGUCGUUCGAGACGCGCGGUAGGCCAUCUGUGGAUCGCCCUCGGCCGCAUCAACGCAUGAACACCAUUGAUAACAUCGAGCGGAGCAUCAACGCGGCUUCCGCUCGACAAGCAAAGGCACAGAUAGAUGCCACUGGUCGCAAGAACAACAAUCUUCAGCCACUGCGUCUUCCACCUCUAAACCUGAUGCCCAUUACGCAGUCAGUGUCCAAUAAAGGAUCCCAUCUUCCACGGCCCAGUCAGGAGAUCGAGAGUCGUGACGAAUAUAUGAGCUUACAGACGCUCACACAAACUCCAGAACCAAAGCGUGUCCCGAAGACCCCUUCUACGCCCAUGACCGCAAGUAAGGCUACAUUCUAUCGUCGCCAGGACGAAGACACGGGCAAGCAGCAGGCUAUGAGGAGCUCGUCCUCACAACACGCGCUUCGUGAUUUGAUGCAGUUGGAUGACGCCACGGCUCAGUUCUUCGAAAAUACGGACACCGGUUACAUGGGCAUCCCUAUCCCCGCUCCAAAACAACGCAGUGCUAUCACUCCAUUCUCUUCAGGGUCGUUACCCAAAGCCUCUGGCGAGUUCAUACGGCAGCGUACACGAACGAGCGGCGAUUUUGGCUCCGAUCAUACCUGGAGCCAUUUCGAGAACUUCUCAACUCAGAAGUCUAAGCCGCAGGGUCCUCGGCCUAGCCGUAGUGUGACCAAGGAUUCCUUCCAAACCGCGGAGACAGGCUCGACGCUCGAAAGCCCCAUCACUGAACAGGCGCCGACGGAGAACAAGAAAGAAAGCACUGGGGGCGGACUAAGGAAAAAGCUAUCUCUGGGAUGGCGUCGCAGCAGUAGUAAAGCCAGCACACACCCGGAUAACAAGUCCAGCCCACUGCAAGAAGCCCCUGCUUUAGAGAAGGAGAAGUCGAAAGUGCAUCAACGCGCAAGUCAGAUGCCACCGCCAAAGCUGCCUGCAAGCGCGACAUGGACUGGCGACAUUCCAUCAGUACCCGCGCAUGCUGCACGACCUAGUUUGGACUCUCUCCGCCGCAAAUCAACGAACGUCUCCGUCCAUACCCUCUCGACCGUCCAGAACAGCUCGGAGACAGAAUUGGCAAGCCAAGCGACACCCCCAGUGAAGACUAAGAGUGUUCACACUGAGCAGCCGCAGCCUGUCCAUGUAAAUCCGGCAAGCCGUGCGACUAGUUGGAGCACGAGCAGCAACACUCGACCAGUCAAUCCGAAGGUUGCUUCUAGUGUUCCGAAGACGCGACAGGUUCCGUCAAACCCGGUUCUUUCUGCGAUUGUCAAGGACAAGGACGAUCUGGUAGCGGACGAUGAAAUGCGUCGGCUAUCUCAGAAGCGGAAAGAUGUCGAUAGCGCUGCACGUGAGAGCGAGGAAUUGAAGAAGCGCGCUGUUGCACGCUCUCCAAUGACACCGGAACGCGUAUUGCAUGACCGCAGUUGCAAUCUCAAUAUCUUUGAGCGCGGCGAGAUCGUGGACUACGAGAAAGACGGAAUAUACUUUACGGGCACUAAGAAUGCACGCAAAAUCAUUGGAAGCUUGACCCCUUCGCCACACCCAUCGGACGGGAAGGACUCCAAGGCAGGCAAUUAUGGCUAUGACGACGAGCGUGGCGACUACAACAUUGUGCUCGGGGACCAUCUAGCCUACCGUUAUGAAGUCGUGGAUGUGCUCGGCAAAGGCAGCUUCGGGCAAGUCGUUCGAUGCGUCGAUCAUCGGGACGGAGGAGUCGUUGCUAUCAAGAUCAUCAGAAAUAAGAAGCGAUUCCACCAGCAGGCUCUUGUCGAGGUCGGAAUCUUGGGCCGGCUCAGGGAUUGGGUAAGUUGACCAAGAGCCUCAUUUGUUUGCUUUUCUGACAGCGCGCAGGAUCCUGAUGGAGCUCACGCAACGCUCUCGAUCACUUCGUCGUUCUAUUUCCGCUCGCACCUGUGCAUCGUCACGCCUUGCCUCAGCAUCAACCUCUACGAGCUUAUUCGGGCACACAACUUCGUUGGCUUCAACCUCCCUCUCAUCCGACGAUUUUCGCGCCAGCUAUUGUCGUGUCUGGUGCUUCUGCAGAACAAGCGCAUCAUUCACUGCGACCUGAAGCCCGAAAAUAUCUUGUUGUGCGAGGCACGGAAGGCAGACGUCCGCGUAAUCGAUUUUGGCAGCAGCUGUAAAGAGGAAGAGAAGGUGUACACGUACAUCCAAUCUCGUUUCUACCGGAGUCCGGAGGUGAUCUUGGGCAGCAGCUACGGUCUUGGCAUCGACAUGUGGUCACUGGGCUGUAUUCUCGCCGAGCUCUGGACUGGCUAUCCGCUGUUCCCUGGCGAGAACGAACAGGAGCAGCUUGCCUGCAUCAUGGAAAUCUUUGGACCACCUGACCGGCAUUUGGUGGAGCGUUGCACGCGAAAGAAGCUUUUCUUUGAUUCGGUUGGCAAGCCGCGAGUCACCGUUAGUAGCAAGGGUCGUCGCCGCCGGCCCAGCUCAAAGACUCUGUCACAGGCUCUGAAGACGGACGACGAAGCCUUCCUCGAUUUCAUCACGCGCUGUCUUCGGUGGGACUCGGACCGCAGGAUGAAGCCUCACGAAGCGAUCAACCAUCCAUUCAUCACCAAUCAGCCGUUCCAUCAGCGCCCUGGCAUUCCUGACGAGGCACGUCGAGCAGCAAAACUUAGGAGCACUGCUGCGGUGCCUGCUGUCAAUGGCAGCGUGUCGAGCCCGGUGAAGCGCAUGCAUACUACGUCAGGCACGCAUGCCAACUCGACCCUCCCUCAACAGGCCCAACAGACGCCAGGCAAAGAUAGGACCCGACCGCUACCCGAGACGCCGCAGACAGCACUACGAAACGGCGUUGCUGCUAGUAACGCAAACACUCACGCCAACCAGAUGUCUCCGUCCAAGCAGACUGGAUUGCAUCGCAGACAGAGUACUGCAUUUGCAGGCAGUGCGCAAGGCGCAGGGGUCGGUAGCAAGCGAGUUAACAAUCUUGCUCCUGCGAGCACCACAGCGGCUACCAGCGGUCCAGCCGGACAGCGGCAAGGUAGCGCCAAUAGCGCAGGCCUGGCGCAGAUGGCCGCACGAGAGGCCAACGCGGCGCGAUGGAGAGCGUAA